AAAACUCACUCAAAGUUGCCACUCAAAACGGAAUUUCACUCCACUCAUUUGUGCGAUGUUUUCGCUUUGCUGCAGCUGCGUGGGGAAACCUUAAAAGACUUCGUUCGGUCGUCUAAGGGGUUGGGAAUUGCAAUGGACUCUCGCCUGUGUACCGACAACAUUUGACGAUUGACUUGGACUCGGGCGCUUAUCAGCGGCUAACCUGUUGGUUAACUUCAGAGCUAACACGAGCAUCGCCAAGCGUUGGCGUCGCUGCUGGCGACGACGUCGACGUCGACGGCGCAGCGUCACACACGGCGUAUGACAAAACAGAAAUCGGGAAUCGUGAAUGCGAAUGCGAACGAAGGCAACGAGGGCCGAGUGCGAGGCUGUCGUCAGUUGCUUGUGUUUCCUCGUUGGCGCUAGACGCGAAGCGGCAAAUGUGAAAUAAAUCUAAAUGAAAUAUAAACAUCUUCACAAUAUCUAAAUAAACAGAAUAUUUGACGCGUUGCGUUGCGUAUACGCGCCGUAUACGUAGCGUAUAAUCAUUGUCUUGUCUAGUCAAAAAGUGUAAAACGCGCGUGAUUUUUAGCGUGCGUGUUUGUUGUGUUUCUCGCGUUUCUGUGUCUGCGGAACCGGUAAAGACAAAUCCUAAGUAGCGAAGCGUGCUCAAGUAGCAUCCGUAACUUAACGUUACGGUCCACAGUUGCGGUUGCGUUUGCGGUUUGUGUCUCGUGUUCCGUUCUAUACUGUUGUGAGUUCCGUUGCCGUUGUCAUAAAAUUCUGGCUUUCGCUUUUGUUUAACGGCCUGACACGGAGACUUCAACUUCAAGUGCAAGUUAAACAGGCAACUUGAGCGCAGACUGGGAAAUUAAAUCAAUUGUCAGCAGAGUCCACACAAUUAGCAAUGAGCCAAAUAUUAAAGUAAACUUGUUGGCUAAAUAUAACAUUGAAGAUAAACUUGAGACGAGACUUGUGUGCCCGAGCACAGGCGACGGAAAUGGCUGCUUAAGUGGCGGACUUCCGGUGAAACCGGACAGGAAUCAACAAGAAUAACAGCCAAGGCCCGCAUAUCCCACUCAGCAGAGAGUGCACAUACAUAGUUAUUCCUCACCGUUGACUCAUUAGGCAGCUAAAACAAAGUCAUGGCCAAUGUAAGCAACGAGACGGUUAAUGCUUGGCUAAUAUCGGCCAGCACGCAGUUGCCCCAACUGCUGGGCGCCAACUGGAGCACAACCCUUUCCCCCCCCUCGAUGGCAGCACUCUGUCCACCAUCAUGAGCAGCAGCAGCACUUCGACAACAACCAGCACCACUACAACAUCGAUGACCACCACAACGGCGAGCACAGCAGGCUCUGAUUCGGAUGCGGAUAAAUCGGACAUUAUGCACAAUCAGUUCGUGCAGAUCUUCUUCUAUGUGCUGUACACCACAGUGUUUGUCCUGGGCGUGUUUGGCAACGUUCUCGUCUGCUAUGUGGUGCUGCGUAAUCGUGCGAUGCAAACCGUAACCAAUAUAUUCAUUACCAACCUGGCGCUAUCCGAUAUUCUGCUGUGUGUGCUCGCCGUGCCCUUUACGCCGCUCUACACUUUCAUGGGCCGUUGGGCAUUUGGUCGAACGUUGUGUCACCUGGUUUCGUAUGCACAGGGAUGUAGCAUUUAUAUAUCAACGCUGACGCUGACCUCGAUUGCCAUUGAUAGGUACUUUGUGAUCAUCUAUCCGUUCCAUCCACGCAUGAAACUCUCCACGUGCAUUGGCAUCAUUGUGAGCAUCUGGGUUGUUUCGCUGCUGGCCACUCUGCCCUACGGCAUGUACAUGAAGAUGUCCGAGGUGACGAACAAUGACACUCAGGUCAAUGGCACGAGUCUGGGCAGCGCCUUGCCCAACGACACCAUGGCUGCCCAGGCUUACAUGCAGCUGAUGAGCGACACCGAGUCGCUGAUGGUCUGCGAGGAGAAUUGGCCGGCGGAACAAUAUCGCAAGGUGUUCGGAGCCAUUACGACAGUGCUGCAGUUUCUGCUGCCCUUUUUCAUCAUAUCGAUUUGCUACGUUUGGAUCUCCGUUAAGUUGAAUCAGCGUGCCCGGGCCAAGCCGGGUUCGAAGUCGUCGCGGCGCGAGGAAGCGGAUCGAGAUCGCAAGAAGCGCACGAAUCGCAUGUUGAUUGCAAUGGUGGCGGUGUUUGGACUCAGCUGGUUGCCCAUCAAUUUGGUAAAUAUAUUCGAUGACUUCAAUGACAAGUCAAAGGAUUGGCGCUUCUAUAUCCUGUUCUUCUUUGUGGCCCACUCGAUUGCCAUGAGCUCGACGUGCUACAAUCCCUUUCUGUACGCCUGGCUCAAUGAGAACUUUCGCAAGGAGUUUAAGCAUGUCCUGCCCUGCUUUAAUCCCUCCAACAACAACAUCAUCAACAUCACCAGAGGCUACAAUCGCAGUGAUCGCAACACCUGCGGUCCGCGACUGCAUCAUGGCAAUGGCGAUGGAGGCGGCGGCGGAAGUUUAGAUGCUGAUGAUCAGGAUGACAAUGGCAUCACUCAGGAGACGUGUUUGCCGAAGGAGAAGCUGCUCAUCAUACCGCGAGAGCCAACCUAUGGCAAUGGCACUGGCGCUGUGUCGCCCAUACUCAGUGGGCGUGGCAUCAAUGCCGCCCUCGUGCAUGCUCGCCAGUCGCAGCCACAGCAGCAGCAACAGCAACAACAGCAGCAGGUGGAGUUGAUGCGUCGCAUUAGACGACGCACGGAUGAGGAUGGCGACUACAUUGACUCCGGAGAUGAGCAGACGGUGGAAGUUCGCUUCAGCGAGACGCCAUUUGUUAGCUCCGAUAAUACGACAGGCAUCAGCAUGCUUGAGUCGAGUAGUCAGUGCCAGGACUCGGAUAUGCUGGCCGAUUUGGGCGCUGCUAUUAUUGGACCAGCAGAUGCCAGUAGGCGAUAUAACUGAGACAGGAUUUUUGAAACGCAUUUCUAGACGCGGUUGCUGGUCGUUGUGGAGCGCGAGGAGGGCGUCACCAAUAACAACGACAGCGUCAACGACAACGACAACAACGAGAGCAACAACGAGAUGUCGGGGAAUGUGACAUAAACAACAAAGCUGAAAGUGUAAGCUACUAGAGAGUGGGGGGCGUAUGGGCGUGUCUGUUAGACAUAUAGUCUUACAGUCGCACUGAGUAGUACGAAAAGUGCUGAUAAAUGCCAAAUAAAGUGACAACGAUGCGAAAAUUGCUGCGCUCUGGCGCCAGGGGCAAAAAGAACUCUGCCUUCCCUCCAAGCAAUUGGCUGAAGCAGCCGCUUGAUAUCAAAUUUGUAUAUCUACGAUAGAGACAGAGAGAGAGUGAGGGAGAAAGUAAGUGUAAGUGUAGAGGUGUAAGUGUAUCGGAGGGUGUGUGACUGAGCCUGCUUCGCGCUGACAAGCAAUUGAAAUUUUUUUCGUUCUUUCUUACCACUUUGCAGCAAUUGCUGUUGCCAUUUUGCAUAUUUAGACUUUGCUUUGUAGGGAGCCAAGUGAAUCGUGGAGUACAAGGUCGUCGUCUCAAUGCGUCACUUGCGAGCUUAACUGUCGCUGGAAUUAAAUUCCGUGUGCCAAUUUUUGGUUCAAUUGUGUGGAAACACACACAUUUUUUUGCUAUGUGUGUGACUGUGUCGUUUUCUAUUGUAAAACAAAACCACAACAAAAGCGAAAAGAGCAAAAUAGCAACAAGGCAACACAAAAAUAAUUUGCGCAGCCUCCCACUACAAAAAAAAAGGGAAAAGAAAAGAGAAAACACGAAAGGAAAACGGAGAAGAAUUGUCGGGCAAAGCAAAUAAGCCUAAGCUGACAUUGAUGGGAUUUGUGCAGGCCACAAAACAAGUCAAGGGAAAUAUGUUUCAAGCUACAGUGACAGCUGGUUGAAUACAAAUUGAAAGGCAGCCAGCCACCAAACCCCCCUGAAAAAUUGACAGACAUUUCAGAGUUGUUGUUGCAGUCAUUUAAUUGAAAUUUAGCUGCUGGUUUUAUGGCCAUGAACUUGAGUUAAUCAACCGGAUAAAGAGUGACAAGUUACCUGCCGUGAGGCCGCUGGCUUUCUGUAAAUAUUUUAGUAUUUGAACACAAUAGCUGACAGACAGAUAUAGGUUAAGCCUAUUGCUAAAUACACAAGGUUUCUACGAAGAAUUUCUAGUUCUGGACUCGGUCACAUUCACUCCAUGAAAGCAAAUAGUGUUAACUGUUUCUUAGUUGUAAAAGUUAUUCAAACGGAUGUGUGUGUAUUUCAAUAUUAAACAUUAUGUGUGCUGUUUUAUCGCUAACUGUUUUAUAGGCAUGUAUUUAAACAAUAUAUAUAAGCUAAUUGUAGACAACUAAUUGUAAAUAUCAAACUAUAUUUAUUUAAAGCAAAAAAAAUACUUGUAGGCGCUUGUAAAGUGUUUAUGACUGUAGCACUAAAAAUUAAGUUUAGCAAAGUUAAAUAAACACACUCGAAAUUUUGCCAGCUAACCGCAUUUAAUGCUGUUAACGAUGCUGGGGGAGAGGAGAAUGAAAAAGAACCAAAAGUAUACAAAAUUCUGUUGACCAUGAGCCCCUCUUUUGAAAGUUUAUGUCAUAUGCGAUGCUGCAACGAAGAACGAAGUGAAACAUAAAACGGUGAUGACAGACUGUUAUUCUCUCUCAUCCAAUUGCCUGUCUCUCAAGCAUUCUUGCAGCCUUGUGGAAUUAAGCUUUCAAAAAAAUGUCAUCAAGUUUUGUGUACUUUUGGUUUGUCAUGUGUAAAAAGUUUCACUGCGUAUACGUAAUAUCUGAAUCUGUUAGUUCUUAAGUUAGAAGGACGAAAACCACAAUAUCUAACAUAUUAAAUGAUUGUUGUGGUUGAGAUAAAUAGAAAUUUGAUAUACUCAUUGGCAAACGCUGUGUUUAUCCAGGUGGAAACGCGAGUUGUAAUUAUAAAUUGCAUUCAAAAGCAGGGAAUUCAGCAAAAACAAAACAAGAAAUCUUAUUAAAUGAACGGAAAUUAAAAAUUGAAAAGUAAUAAUAAUGUAAUGAUGUAUUUGAAUGGCACUGAAAGUUAUUGGUUUAACAUAAGCAUUAUCUGUAGAGAAACAUAAGCUAAGCACUCAACUUUAAGACAUUAUUGAAAUAUAUAAAAUACUAUAGAAAACUCUUGGUGAAAAACUCACAAGUAAAAAGUCUCAGACACGAAUUAAAAUAAAAGUCUAUCAUUUAAGCAACCUAAUAUAUACAUAAAAAUUAGAAAAUAUAAAUAUAAACUAUAAUAUCGUUGUACGUUAAACAUUAUUUAGGCCAAUAAAGAUGUAAAAUUCAUAGGAAGAGAAUUAAGCAAAAACCAGUAAAUAAUUACAUAUAUAAAUGACUAUUUAAAUGUGCAAAAUAUUUCAAUAUAUGUAUGGAAAUGUUUGAACUUUAAGUCGUAAGUGAAUGUGAAAUCGUAAAUCAAUUGGUAAUUAUACAAUAUUGAGAUUGUUUAUAUCAAUGAUAAAUGUGAAUUGUUGAGUUGAUGGAAACAUUAACGAAAAAUGCCGUCGCAGUCGAGUAUUAAAAUUGAUCAAAUAAUUAAAUUAUUAUAAUUUAAUGUGUUUUAAAGCUAUCAAAAUAAAGAGAAACUAUUAAAUAAACAAUAAAUGUU